CUUGUUAUUUUCAGAUUUUUAAUAGAUCAGUAUUGUACAGUUCAUGAAAAACAGAAAUAUGACAAAAACACUGUUAUUGUUUUUGGUUUUGUUUGGACUGGAAUAUUUCGUUGAUUCGAAAAGUAUUGUGAGUGAUGACGAAGCAGCUGCAGAGAGCGACAUCGAAAAAAGGCAGCAUUGGUCUUAUGGGUUUGCGCCAGGCGGUAAAAGAAGCUUUCCCCAAAUCGCUGAACGUCAACACUGGUCAUAUGGAUUUGCUCCGGGUGGUAGACGGGAAGAAAUACCCACAGACGUAGAAAAGAGGCAACAUUGGUCGUAUGGAUUUGCACCAGGAGGAAAAAGAGAAUUCAAGGACAUGCCUAAUAUGCCUGAACUUAGUGAAUUUGAAAAAAGACAACACUGGUCUUACGGUUUUGCUCCUGGUGGAAAGAGAGAAUUUAACGAUCAGAAAAGAACAGCUUGGCCCGUAGAUAUCCCGUUAAAUGCUGAAGAAAAACGAAGUGUCUGGAAUUAUGGAUGGGCUCCAAACGCAGAAAGAGAAAUUGACCCAGGAUAUUUUAUUCGACAAUUGCUAAUCGCGAAAUCCAUGAUGGAAUAAGAAGAACAAGGAAACAAAGAAAAAUUGAAGAAUAAUGUAAACGCUGAAUUAAACUCGUAUAAAAAGUAACCAAGAUGAAGUCAUUUAUGGCGUAGUUGUGUAUGGCCGAGGACAUUUGUGAUGCGACCUGAACAGCAAUAUAUAACGUCUGAUUUUUUGUGUUUAAAAUUGUACUAUUUUUCAAUAACCACUCGAUUGCA